CCGAUGUUCUGCAUGGUAUCAAGAACUAGGAUCCUUCCCGGACCAGUCGAGUUCUGACAUUUCUUUAAUAAUAAUAAUCCUCCGAUUCCUCCCCCUGCAGCCCAAAAGGCUAAAAAUUGUCUCGGCACUUUCACCUGCCAAGAUACGACGCGAGACGAUGCAUUGGAUACGACACCUCUGCCUGUCACUUUUCGCGGCCAAUGGCGUGCUGGCGGCCUUCACCACAAGCGAGACCUUUGCCCAGCGUAGCUAUGCGUAUUUCGGUGGCCAGUAUGUCGAUAACGGCGCUGGACAGCAUGUAUUCACAGACCAGCUGUACGUCGAGCAUCUCAGCCCGCCCGUGGACAAGUCCAAAGUCAAGCCAUACCCGAUUGUGUUUAUCCACGGCCAGGCUCAGACGGGAACCAACUGGCUGAAUAAGCCCGACGGAAGCAAAGGCUGGGCCUCAUACUACCUAUCGCAGGGAUAUGAGGUCUACCUGCUCGACCAGACCUUCCGUGGCCGUAGCCCUUGGUUUCCUGGCAAUGGCACGCUAAGCACAUACAGCGCCGAGGUGCUGCAGCAGCGCUUCACCGCGCCAGAGCGCUACAACCUCUGGCCCCAGGCCAAACUGCACACCCAGUGGCCUGGCUCCGGUGUCAUGGGCGACGAGAUCUUCGACACAUACUACUCCUCCACCGUCCAGUUUCUCGGCUCGGCGACCGGCCAGCAGCAAACCGUUCAGGCCGCUGGUGCUAAACUCCUCGACGCAAUCGGGAAGCCCGUCAUCCUGCUCUCGCACUCCCAAGGCGGCCUGAUGCCCUGGCUGAUCGCCGACGUCAGGAAGGACCUGGUCCAUUCGAUCGUCUCGCUGGAGCCAACCGGUCCGCCGUUCCAAGAAGCCAUCUUUUCAAACACCUCUGCUAGGCCGUAUGGCUUGACUGAUAUCCCGCUCACCUACUCCCCAGCCGUGACGGACCCAAGCACUGAUCUCGUUCGGCGCACGAUCCCGUCCAACUCGUCCGCGGUGUCCCCGUGCAUUCUGCAGGCAGACAGCCCGCCGCCGCGGCAGCUGGUCAACCUGAAGAACAUUCCUGUCUUGGUUGUCACCACCGAGGCCUCCUACCACGUGCCGUACGAUUGGUGCACGGUCGAAUACCUCAAACAGGCAGGCGUUCCCACCAAGCAUCUCAAUUUGCCUGACGUUGGCAUCCACGGUAACGCGCAUAUGGUUUUCAUGGAGAAGAAUAGCGAUGAGGUUGCUGCUACGCUGCAGAAGUGGAUGGAGGGCAAGUGAUGUUGUCCAGUACCAGGUCGCUAGAUAAUUGGUGGUUUUGUACAUAUCCUCCCUUGGUAGUUAAUAUAAGAAUAAAAUG